CCUUACUUAAUUACAGUAAGAAAUAAACAGUAGCGUAAGUAUUACGAGCACGUCCCUAACCAACUCCUCUAUAUAAGGAGUCGUCUCUCUCAACUUCAAUAAUUUAACUCAUCACACAAAACAAUUAUGGAUUUCCGUUCUCAGUUCGAAUUUAUGCAUCUCCGAGCAUUGCUUCAAAAGCAGAGCGACGUUUCUUCCAUUCUCGCAAAACAUGUAUUCUUCAACAACUAUGGAAAACCUGAUGACGACGUGUCUAAAAAAGCAAAUAUGGUGUUUUCUCCACUAUCCAUUCAAAUUGUUCUCGGCAUUAUUGCUGCUGGCUCUAGUGGUUCUACAUUGGAUCAAUUGUUGAGUUUUCUCAAAUUCAACUCCGUUGAAGAACUUAACUCUGCUUAUGCUCGGGUUAUCGCUAAUGUUUUAGCCGAUGGAAGCCCCAUGGGAGGUCCUCGUUUGUCCGUUGCUAAUGGGGCUUGGAUUGAUCAAACUCUCUCUUUUAAGCAUUCUUUCAAACAUGUUAUGGACAAUGUUUAUAAGGCUGCUGCGGCUUCUGUUGAUCUUCUGCACAAGGCUGAUGAGGUUGCUGCUGAAGUCAAUAAGUGGGCUGAAGAGAAAACAAAUGGUCUCAUCAAACAGAUUCUUUCUCCUUGUGCAGUCACUGGCACACAGCUGAUCUUGGCGAAUGCACUAUAUUUCAAAGGAGCCUGGAAUGAGAAAUUGAAUGCUUCAGAUACGAAAGACCACGAGUUCCAUCUCCUCAAUGGAGGAUCUGUUCAAGCACCCUUAAUGACCAGCAACAAAUGGCAAUACGUGAAGGUGUUUGAUGGAUUCAAAGUGUUACGUCUUCCUUAUAAGCAGGGAGAGGACAAGCGUGUUCUCAGCAUGUAUAUGUUUCUCCCAAAUGCACGAGACGGAUUGUCAACUUUACUGGAGAAAAUUAGUUCGGAACCCGAAUUCUUAGAUCAACAUAUUCCCUUAACAAAAGUUAGAGUGCGCAAGUUUCUUAUCCCUAAGUUCACAAUAUCUUUUGCAAUUGAAGCUUCUAAGGUUCUAAAGGGACUCGGCCUCACAUUACCUUUUAUUGGCGGUCUCACUGAGAUGGUGGGCGGGAAUUUCCCUCUGGCAGUUUCAGAAGUUUUUCACAAGUCGUUUAUUGAAGUAAACGAGGAAGGUACGGAAGCUGCAGCUGUUACUGUAGCUACGAUGACGUUCGGGUGCUCAAUGACAAUAGUUAAAGAGGAGGAGAUAGACUUUGUUGCUGAUCAUCCCUUCUUGUUCCUUGUGAAAGAUGAGACUGCUGGUGCUGUUUUGUUCAUGGGGACUCUAUUGAAUCCUCUUGCUGUUGAGGUUGCUAGUCAAGUGAAUCAAUGGGCUGAAAAGGAAACAAGCGGGCUUAUCAAAGAAAUACUUCCAGCUGACUCAGUUGACAAUUCAACAAGACUUGUGUUUGCAAAUGCAUUGUACUUUAAAGGAGCCUGGGAUGAGAAGUUCGAUGCAUCAGUGACCAAGGAAAGUGAGUUCCACCUUCUCAAUGGUACAUCUAUUCAAGUGCCCUUCAUGACUAGCAGGAAGAAGCAAUAUGUAAAAGCUUUUGAUGGUUUCAAGGUGUUGGGACUUCCGUAUAAACAGGGUGAGGAUAGGCGUCGUUUCUCCAUGUACUUCUUUCUUCCUGAUGCCAAUGAUGGACUGCCAGCCUUGGUAGACAAGGUCAGUUCCGAAUCCCAAUUCUUGGAGCGACACCUUCCAUAUCAGAAGGUUGGAGUUGGUGAAUUUCGUAUCCCCAAAUUUAAAAUAUCAUUUGGGUUUGAAGCUUCUAACGUUCUGAAAGGGCUUGGCCUGGUAUUGCCUUUCUCUGGUAAUGGCCUCACAGAGAUGGUGGACUCCCCUGUUGGCAGUAACCUUUAUGUUUCUAGCAUCUUUCACAAGUCCUUUAUUGAGGUAAAUGAAGAGGGAACAGAAGCUGCAGCUGCAACUGCUGGUGUUGUUAAACUAAGAGGAUUGCUGGUCGAAGAGAAAGUAGACUUUGUUGCUGAUCAUCCAUAUCUCUUCCUGAUUAGAGAAGAUGCAACAGGCGUGGUACUCUUUGUUGGUAGCGUGCUUAAUCCUCUCUCAGACUAAGUCCGUAUUCCACUAUAUGGAGGUUGAUGUAUGUUGUUUGUGUCUUCUUUGUAUCACUUGGACUAAUUUUUGGUACCCAGAGUUAGCUCAAAUCGCCUUUCAAGCCCUUCCAUCUUAUGGGAUAGUGGUUUCACGUAUCCUUCAAGUAUCAUACUUUUUUACGACACUCUGAGUAAAAUUUACCAACUGCUCUUUGUACGGUUGAUAUCAGUGCGACUUGUAUGACAUACAGUGUACUAUGAAAUAAUUGACAUCAAAGUUCUGUCUGAUACUUCAAUUUAGAUGUGUAAUAUUUAUUUCAAAAUGAUCUCAUCUAAAGCAAGUUAGAAAUUGCUACUA